ACCACGUGAGGGCGCUAUUGCGAGGCGGUAUUUUUGGAAUGUUGAAGUUGUUCUUCGACGGAUCUUCAAAAUUUGCUUCGUAAUUCUGGAGAUUUGAAGUUCAACAAGCUAGGGUGCCCUAAUCAAUGCUACUUCGUUUCUUCACUUCCCUUUCUUUGGCCUUCUUGAGAUGAGUAAGAGGCGACGAGAGAAACAUGACAUCAACCUCACCAGGGCAGAGCCAGGAUUGGCCAAGAAAAUGAAAAUCUCCUCACGCUUGAGGAAACCCAAGGCCGAACCUCGGACAGACAGUCACACUGUAUCCAGUGCCUACAUCAGCCCAGAGUGUCGAUCCAAGAUGCAGUCUGGGCGGCAUAGACAUAACAACUCUCUUAGCGAAUCAGAGACUGAGAUAAUAUGGGAUGGCAACUCACCCACAGCCCAUUUACAGCGGCGAAUCGGUCGCCAUGGGCGCAGUAAGGCAGGCGAUAUUUCCGAGAUCGUUCAGUGUGUCAACAACCAGGCCGGGAGCACUGAUAAUAGCUCAGCAGACAUGCCCCUCCUGGGUCUGUGGAUGACGCGUAGCCCUAACCAUCCAGCGGUAGACCUUGGUGUUGUCAGAAAGACACUAGCGCACUCUGAACAAGAAAGCUCCAAACCCAAGUCAACUCACAGGAAGACGACAGGCAGACUGUCCCUCCUGCAGGCUGAGCUGGAGAAAAUAGCCAACGCCAUCAACAACAGUGUUUCCAUGGAUGUCACAGGAGUUCAAAAUGAGGAGCAGAAUAUAUCAGAAACUGAUGGAAACCAGAAACAGUUGUGUAUGGUUCAACAACUCCAACACCAAGAAACUGUGUGUGGUGACAAACAACUCCCAGAAGAAGUACUAGUGACAGGACAAGUUGUUGGAGUUAAAACAGUGACAAAGAAAGACCAACAAGUUUCACGUUGCCAAGCAAGCACAAGGCCGUUGGUCACUGGGAAGACCAGCACUGGCAGAUUGCCCACAUCUCAGCCCAAGACCGGUCACUUUGGCCGCGGUCAGUCAGAUUCUAGUCGACGGGUGAGGUCUCAGCCCUCCACUGGUCAUUCAGUCACUGGUCAGUCAAAUGGUAGCCGUUUGGUUGCUGGUCAGUCCACCUCUCAAACUGGUCAGUCAGCAACGGGUCAGCCAAAAUCAAGCUGCUCCAUUGCUGGUCAGUCAAACAGUGGUCCAUUGGCCGCUUAUCAGUCCAUCAGUGACAAGUCAAAAUCAAGCCUUUUGGCCACUGGUCAUCGUAACGCACAGCCCAACAGUGGUCACUCAGUCACUGGUAAAUCAUUUGUAGGUUGUUUGGCCAUUGGUCAGUCUAGUACUGGCCAGUCAUCUACUUCUCAGUCCACAAUUGGUCAGUCAGUCAAUAGUAAGACAAAUGCUGCCCAUUUGGUCACUAGUAAGUCAGCUACUUAUAAAUCACCUACUCCAUCCAUCAAUGGUCAGUUGGUCAAUAUUAAGUCAAAUGCUGCCCACUUGGUCUCUGGUCAGUCCAGUAUCGGUCAGUUGUCCACUUCUCAAUCUACCAUUGGUCGGUCAGUCCAAAGUAAGCCAAAUGCUGGCCCUUUGGCCACUGUUCAUUCUAGUACUGUCCAAUCUUCUACUUCUCAGUCCACCACUGGUCAGUCGGUCAAUCAGUUGAAUUCUGGCCGUUUGGGUACUGGUCAGUCCAACAUAGGCCAAUCAUCUACAUCUCAGUCCUUCACUGGUCACUCAGUAAGAACUAAGUCAAAUGCUGGCCAUGCGGUCACUUGUCAGGCAAGUUUUGGUCCAUCAUCCACCUCUCAGUCCACUAAUGGUCAGUCAGUCCACGGUAAGUCAACUUCUGGCCGUUUGGUCACUGGUCAUUCCAGUACUGGCCAAAUGUCAACUCCUCAUCCCAACGCUGGUCGGUCAGUCAGUAGUAAGUCAAGUUUUGGCCAUUCGAUUGGUCUUUGCAGUACUGGCCAAACAACCACCUCCCAGCCAACCAGAACUAAAGCAGUCACCAGUCAGUCAACUUCAGGCCGUUUAGUUUCUGUUCAGUCCAUAAAUGGCCAAUUGUCCACCACUCAAUCAACCAAUGGUCAGUCGGUCACUGGUAGGUCAAAUGUAGGCCAUUCUGUUGCUGGUCAGCCCAACACUGGCCACUUGUCCAACUCUCAUUCCCACACCAGCCAGUCAAACAUGGGCCAUUCCACUGCUGGUCAGUCCAAAGUCGGCCAAUCGUUCGUGUUCAAGUCCAAAACUGGCCAGUCAGUCCCCAGUCAGUCUGUUGUUUCCCACUGCGCGAUCAACAACCAGUCCAACAUUAGCCACACGACCAAAAACCACAUUUCCCAUCACCAGUCCGACUCCAGCACCUCAACGAAUCAUCAGUCGGCUUUGAGUAAGACCAUCACCAACCAGGCAUCGACUGACAACGAUAGUCUGUGGGACGACUGUGAAGAUUUGGACGACGAACUUCUGCUGGCGCAGCUGUCCCAAGCAGAAGCAAUGGAGACUUGUCAUGCGGCAACCAAACAGAAAUCUCCAAAUGGAUCUGUCCAAACUAACCUCCCGGUCGCCAGCAGCAACUUCCAGAAAGACACCAGCAAUCAGGCCAAAGCAGCUAGUGUCGCAAGGCCAGUAAUAGAUUUAUCCUCAAACUGUGCCCCUAAAGGAGCAAACUUUAGCUCUCUAGUGGAUCACCAAACUUCAAAGGAGUCUCUCGGAACCAACGUACCUGUCACUAGCAGCAUCCAAACCAACAAAUUCAACUUCAAGAGAGAAGCCGGCAAUCAGAACAAGCCAGUGACUAAUGUCCCAAGACCAGUUACAAAUACCAUCGGUUUGUCCUCAAACUGUGUCUCAGUAAAGGCAAACAUCGGGCAUCCAAUGGAUCACCAGUCUUCAAACGAAUCUUUCCAACCUAACAAACCUGUCACUAGCAGCAUCCCAACCAACAAAUUCAACUUUCAGAGAGGAACCAGCAAUCAGAACAAGCAAGUGACUAGUGUCACAAAGCCGGCUAGAAAUUCCAUCGGUUCGUCUUCAAACUGUGUCUCAAUAAAGGCAAACGUCGGGCGUCAAAUGGAUCACCAGCCUCCAAAAGAAUCUUUCCAACCUAACAAGCCUGUCACUAGCAGCAUCCCAACCAACAAAUUCAAUUUUCGAAGAGACACCAGUCAUCAGGCCAAAGGUCAUAGCAUCACAAACCUUGUAACAAAUACUGUGAGCUCAACCACAAACGGUGCCUCAAAAAUGACAACCGUUGGACCUCAAAUGGUUCAAGAGCCAGAACUUGACCCAUUUGACAGUAGCUUGACAGACGACAUGUUGAUAUCACUGUGUGCGGGAUUGGACUCGCCCCACAGACAACCAUCUACUGUCUCUGACUCCAAACCUGUAAACUCUACAACGAGAACCUCUGCAACAUCUGUAAACAUGCACCAACAGAAUUCUACAUGGCAACAAACUACAUCAGGAGCUAGACAAUCAGUAUCUCAUAAACCAGCACCUUCAUCAUCUGUGGCACACCCGAGGCCUCCUAUAUCUACUCAAACAGCCAGUAGUCAGAAUGUCUGCAGCCUGUCAGAAAUCGAAAAGAAACGCCAGCAGGCCAUGGCCCGACGAAAGAAACACGGAAACGGCGGCCAAGCGACUGCAAUCCUCACGGGAGCCAUGGCAACACAAAGUAUGCUGCCCCCAAGGUGAUGCGAUAUUAGGGGUGUAUGUGGUCAGAGUAUCAACUGUAGAGGGCGGUGUGGGACUGACUCAUGAGAGUCAAGGGGGGGGGGGGCGCUGUCUUGUCACUGAUAGGACGUGUGAGCCUGUUGCCUAUGUCAGAGUCGAGCCAUGUGUGUAAAAGUGUUUUAAUGGUGCGCAUAACUCGUGCCAAAUUCACUGGGCACAGAUUACAAGUUGAACAGCCAAGGGUUCAUUCCAGUCGCGCGAACGUGUUUACGUUCAUUAGCUUGGCCCUGUGAGCGUGGCAGCCCUCGAGUGGAACGGUAAUGUCAUUGAAUAAGUGUUUGUCAAAAUGGCGGCGCCCCCUAUACCAAUCCUGAUAGUAUUAUACAUCGUUUUCGAAACGACUGGCUUUGUCUUUGACUUCAGCUUAAGGAGAUUUUAGGCCCCCAACUUCUGGAACUCCAGCUACAUUUUGGUGCCUGUUAUGCUUCAGGAACAUUCAAUCAGUUGAUAUGCCAAAAGUUGAAAUAUUUUUGUUUAGUUUGCCUCUAAGUGAUUCAGAAGUCGAAGGCAAAGCUGAAGACGAAGCAAAGGUUU